GAGUGUACGUGGCUGGUGCCCUGAUCUACAACUCCCUGGGUGACAAACAGAAGAGUACAGAGUUUGUACAGAAGUACGCAGACCUGGCGCCCAUCUGUCUCCCCGUCAACUUCCUCCGCUGUGGGUCAGACGAGCUGUUCGUAGGCAGGGCGGGGUACCUGUGUGGGGUCAUCGAACUCAGGAGAAGGCUGGGAGUACAGGUGUUGCCCCAGACUGGGGAUGGAGGUGUCCAUGCCCUGUGUGCUGCCAUCAUCAGGUCAGGACGGGAGUACUCCAAACACCACAACUCACCCUCACCACUCAUGUACGCUUACUAUGGCACCGAGUAUCUGGGGGCAGCCCAUGGUAUGGCUGGGAUCCUGCUGAUGCUCCUGAGUUUCCCAGACUUCCUGCAGGCCGACCCUGCCGCAGACCGUGACGUGCGCGGUGCCGUGGACUACAUGCUGUCUGUGGAACGAGAAGGGAACUACCCACCUGCUACAGACGAGGUCCACAGACCCAGGCCUCCGGAACAUGAGCUGGUGCACUGGUGCCAUGGAGCUCCAGGUGUAAUUUACCUGCUGGCCCGAGCCUACCUGGUGUGGAGGGAUGACAAGUACCUGCAGGCGUGUAUCAGGUGUGGGGAGCUGGUCUGGUCUCGUGGGCUCCUCAAGAAAGGUCCGGGGAUCUGCCACGGUGUCGCCGGUAACGGGUACGUGUUCCUGCUCCUGUACCGCCUGAUGGGCGAGCCGCUGCACCUCCACCGCGCCGAGCAGUUCCAGGAGUUCCUGUUCACCCAGGAGUUCCAGCAGGACUCGCGCACCCCUGACUGUCCCUACAGCCUGUACGAGGGCGUGGCCGGCACCGUGUGCUUCAUGAGCGAUCUGGCCAACCCGGAGAAGGCUGCAUUUCCCUUCUCUGAGGUUUUCUGAAGUUGCUUCAAAAAAGUGUAUACUAAAGUACUGGCUUUGCUGUUUAAAACAGGCAAGACAUAUAUAAGGCAAAGCAUUUAAAGCCAUAUGUAAAG